ACCACGCCCCCGGAAGCGGUGCCCGGGUUCAGAAAGCGCGCGCGGAACGCGGGCUUGGGACCCGGCACAGGGGAGCCGGGGAGCGGAGCCCGGGUCAGGAGUCCCCGGAGGACCAUGGGCGCCACCAGGCUCUACACCCUGGUGCUAGUGCUGCAGCCUCAGCGGGUGCUCCUGGGCAUGAAGAAGCGAGGCUUUGGGGCCGGCCGCUGGAAUGGCUUCAGGGGCAAAGUUCAAGACGGAGAGACCAUCGAGGACGGGGCCAAGAGGGAGCUGCAGGAGGAGAGCGGUCUGACUGUGGACGCACUUCACAAGGUGGGCCACAUCGUGUUUGAGUUCAUGGGCGAGCCUGAGCUGAUGGACGUGCACAUCUUCUGCACAGACAGUGUCCAGGGGACGCCCGUGGAGAGCGAUGAAAUGCGCCCUCGGUGGUUCCAGCUGGACCAGAUCCCCUUCUCGGACAUGUGGCCCGAUGACAGCUACUGGUUUCCCCUCCUGCUCCAGAAGAAGAAAUUCCACGGGUACUUCAAGUUCCAGGACCCCGACACCAUCCUGGACUACACGCUACGCGAGGUGGAUGAGGUGGACGAGGCAGAAGUGCGCUGGCCCCUACGGGCCAUGGGACCCACUUCACCCGUUCACUGAGCCCCGAGGCAGAGCUGGGGUCUUGGGGGUGGGGUGGGGUGGGCGGAGGUGAAAAUAAAGACCUUUUACCUUUUCCACAUUCCUCGCAGGGCCCGGUUGGGCCGUGACCGCUCCCUGGGACAGAGCAGCGCCAAGGGGACAGCUGGAGGGCUGGGUGCUGCCCUGUGCGGUGCCAUGGGCUCUUGCUGGGACCAGCGUGGGCGAGCAGCUGUACCCUCCUUGUUCCCCACCCCUCCAUCAAGGGGAAACUGAGGAACAGUCAUGGCCCAGGGCUAAAACCCUGGUCUAAGGCACCGGAGGCUGUCCCCUAUGGGACCCCAAGGGACAGGGUGUUCUCGUCCACAUCUCUGCCACCAGGAAGGGGGGAGGCAGACAACACACAACUUACCCAACUUUCAUAAACAGAUUUAAUGGUUGUUCGUGUUUAUUGAUAAAAACUUUGGAAUGUA